CCCGAUGGACUGACGCACUUGUAAAUAUUUAUAUUUUGAUUAGGGGCGACACACCCCGUAAUGACCUGCAGAUUUCAGAGCGAAUGAAUUAAUUUAACAAGUUCGAAUCAAACAAUUGCGGAACAAUGUCGAACCAAUCAUCAACAAUGGAGCGCGCCGUGAAGACAAUGCUCUUGUGGUUUAUUGUUUUCUUCGUCUAUGCGAGAUCCUCUGAGGCAGUCGUCGGCAAUCCGAUGUAUUAUAAAAUUGGUGGAGUAUUGUCCAACAAUGCCAGUCAGAAUCACUUCAAGAAGACACUGGAUAAUCUCAAUUUCGAUCUACAAUACGUCAACAAGGGUGUUGUCUUCUACAGCGUGGUCAUUGGAAUGGACUCGAAUCCGAUCAGAACAGCUCUGAGUGUCUGCAAGUCCCUGAUUGUGGAGAGAGUCUAUGCGGUUGUCGUAUCGCACCCAUUGACUGGAGAUCUCUCUCCGGCUGCCGUAUCCUACACCAGCGGAUUUUAUCACAUUCCAGUCAUUGGCAUUUCAUCCCGUGAUUCGGCCUUUUCGGAUAAGAACAUUCACGUGUCUUUUCUGCGGACGGUACCGCCCUACUCCCACCAAGCAGACGUUUGGGUCGAGUUGCUCAAGCACUUCAACUACAUGAAAGUCAUCUUCAUUCAUUCCUCAGACACAGACGGAAGAGCCCUCCUCGGCCGCUUUCAGACCACAUCCCAGAGCCUCGAGGACGACGUAGAGAUCAAAGUACAUGUCGAAUCUGUCAUUGAGUUCGAGCCGGGCUUGGAGAAUUUUUCUCAGCAGCUGAUGGAUACGAAGAAUGCACAGGCCAGGGUGAUCCUCAUGUAUGCGAGUCGAAAAGACGCAGACGUGAUCUUCAGGGACGCAGCAGCAUUGAACAUGACAGCAGCAGGAUACGUUUGGAUUGUGACGGAGCAAGCCCUCGAUGCUCCCAACGCUCCUGAGGGACUUCUCGGAUUGAAAUUAAUUAAUUCGACGGAUGAAAGGGCGCAUCUUAAAGACAGCUUAUACGUUUUAGUCUCCGCCCUCCGAGAGAUGAACCUCACAAAAACAAUUACUGAAGCUCCAAAGGACUGUGACAAAUCCGGAUCUAUCUGGGAGACAGGAAAGGAGUUAUUUGGAUUCAUUCGCAAACAAGUUCUGGAGAGGGGUGAGACUGGUCGUGUCGCUUUUGACGACAAUGGAGAUCGAAUUUAUGCUGAAUAUGAUAUAAUUAAUAUACGAGAACAUGGCGAGCGAGUUUCUGUGGGUCAAUAUUUCUAUUCAUCAGAGACUCUGAGGAUGAGACUCAGUGUGAACGAGACAACAAUAACCUGGCCGGGCCGUCUGAAAACCAAGCCCGAGGGUUUUAUGAUCCCGACACAUCUCAAAGUCCUCACGAUUGAAGAGAAACCAUUCGUUUACGUUCGAGCCACUGACAGUGCAGAUUGCCUUCCCGAUGAGAUCCCGUGUCCUCAUUUCAAUACUUCAGAACACGAUGUAACACGCCUCUACUGCUGCAAAGGCUACUGCAUAGAUCUCCUGAAAGAACUCUCGAAGACCAUCAACUUCACUUACAAUCUGGCGUUGUCUCCAGACGGGCAGUUUGGAAGUUAUAUGAUAAAAGAUAGCAGCGCAGGUGGAAAGAAGGAGUGGACGGGCUUGAUAGGCGAGCUGGUGAACGAACGAGCGGAUAUGAUCGUCGCUCCUUUGACCAUAAGUCCAGAACGAGCGGAGUUUAUUGAGUUCAGUAAACCCUUCAAGUACCAGGGCAUCACCAUCUUAGAAAAAAAACCUUCUAGGUCAUCAACAUUGGUAUCUUUCCUUCAACCAUUCAGCAACACUCUCUGGUUCCUGGUGAUGGUGUCGGUGCACGUGGUGGCGCUUGUCCUGUACCUCCUUGACCGGUUCUCACCAUUCGGGAGGUUCAGGCUGGCUAACACUGACAGCACCGAGGAGGACGCACUCAAUCUCUCCAGCGCUAUUUGGUUUGCUUGGGGCGUUUUACUCAAUAGUGGAAUUGGAGAAGGUACACCAAGAAGCUUCUCAGCAAGAGUUCUUGGCAUGGUCUGGGCUGGAUUUGCGAUGAUAAUUGUUGCAUCGUACACUGCCAACUUGGCUGCUUUCCUCGUGUUGGAAAGACCGAAGACAAAACUCUCAGGAAUUAAUGACGCAAGGCUGCGAAAUACCAUGGAAAACCUGACCUGUGCAACGGUAAAGGGUUCAGCCGUUGACAUGUACUUCAGGAGACAAGUGGAAUUAUCCAACAUGUAUCGGACGAUGGAGGCAAAUAAUUACGACACGGCUGAGGACGCGAUACAGGACGUGAAGAUUGGCAAGUUGAUGGCAUUUAUCUGGGACAGCUCGAGGCUUGAAUUUGAAGCAGCUAAGGACUGCGAGCUAGUCACUGCUGGGGAGCUAUUUGGAAGGUCUGGAUAUGGGAUAGGAUUGCAGAAAGGCUCGCCCUGGGCUGAUGCUGUUACCCUUGCCAUUUUGGAUUUUCACGAAAGUGGAUUCAUGGAAACUCUCGAUAAGAACUGGAUCCUCCAACGAAACCUUCAGCAAUGUGAGCAAUUCGAAAAGGCCCCGAACACCUUGGGCCUGAAGAACAUGGCAGGAGUUUUCAUACUAGUGGGUGUAGGCAUAAUCGGUGGCAUUGGUUUAAUAAUAAUCGAGAUGAUAUACAAAAAGCACCAGAUAAAGAAGCAAAAACGGUUGGAGCUGGCGAGGCAUGCAGCUGAGAAAUGGCGCGGCGCAAUAGAGAGACGAAAGACUGUGAGGGCCUCGAUGCCAGCAGCCCAACGGAGGAUUCAGAAUGGCCUGAACGAUCCGGCCACUGUUAGUCUAGCUGUUGAUGCAGUCGCAAGGUCAGGACUACCACCGAGGAGCCCUGGAAGGGCUUGGCCAGGGGACAGUGACAUCAGACAACGUUCCUCUUCUCGACAGGACGAGUCCAUGCGACUCUCCCCAGCUGCCUACACAGUCGAUGUAUCGCAUCUCAUUGUUUAGAUGAAUGAGGAAUAUUAAUUGUCUUUGAAGAUUAUUUAUGAGUACAGAGAUAAUUUAAUGUGCUAAUGUAAGGAAUCCCCCGAGACUAAGAUUAAGGUGGCGGUAUGCGGAUGAGUGAUGAUUCGGUGAUUCUAGAUGCACGAGAAAAUUUCUCAGGAAAACACGGACGAAAAAAUUUAAUAGAAAAACCUAUCGAAUUCGUUAGAAAAUUUUAUUGA